AUGGACUUCAUAAUCGGAGGUCUCGCUGGCGCUGGUGCCACGGUCUUCACGAACCCAAUGGACGUUGUAAAGACCAGGCUCCAGCUUCAGGGCGAACUUCGUUCUAGAAAAGAACAGCCCAGACAGUACAGAGGCAUAUUCCACGGCCUCUAUGUGAUCGCGAAGGCAGAUGGAGUACUGGCCCUCCAAAAAGGUCUUACGCCAGCGAUGUUGUUUGGUUUUUGUAUGAACUCGGUUAGGCUAGGAACGUACCACGUAGCCGAAAUCCAGGGUUGGACGAAAACAAAGGACGGCGGCACAAGUGUACAGAAGGCGGCCAUAUGGGCAAGCGCCAGCGGCCUUUUCAGCGGAGUCGCCGCUAACCCCAUGUCUGUUGUGAAGACUAGAAUGCAAGCAGCAGCGCAUCCAAGCGUUGCGGUCGGCAGGCAGCAUCAGUAUAAAGGUACCCUAGACGCAAUGUAUAAAAUCUACAAGACCGAAGGUAUACGUGGUUAUUUCGCCGGAGUUCACGAAAAGGUGUAUACUGGUCUUGAUCAGUGUUACCGGAAGUUUGCAUUUCAAUGUGAUAUUGCCCAUUCAUUUUACUGA